AUGGAGCGGCUAGUCAACAGGCGACUGACGGAAUAUCUGGAAAGCACCGGCCGUUUAGACAGUAGGCAGCACGCAUUCCGUCCCGGCCGUGGUACCAAUACGUACCUUGCAUCGCUAACGCAAAUCCUAGAGGACAACAAGGUACAGCUCGGAGCUACCACAUCCAAGACCACCAAGGAGGAAACCGGAGUUCCCCAGGGCUCAGUAAUAGCCGUGACCCUUUUCCUCGUCGCCAUGGCCGAAGUUUUCGUCAACCUACCGAAGGACAUCUACAUCAUCGUCUACGCCGACGAUAUUGUACUCGUAGCUGUCGGCAAGCACCCGAAGGUAGUCAGGAGGAAGGCGCAGGCGGCAGUAAAUCGCGUCGCCAAGUGGGCACAAGCUGCGGGUUUCCAAAUGGCUGCUAACAAGUGCAUCAGGGUGCACAUCUGCCAGUCCAACCAUCACCUUCCCAAACGUCCGAUCACCCUCGACGGCAACACUAUUCCAGUGAAGAAAAGCGUCAAGCUACUAGGAGUUACCUUCGACCGAAAGCUUACCUUCAAAACCCACUUCAACAACAUCAAGGAAGCCUGCCGAACACGAACCAAUAUGAUUAAACUCAUCUCGAGGAAGCGCACCCGAAGCGAUCGACGCACACGGCUCCGGGUAGCGGACGCCGUCAUAUCCAGCAGGUUACUGUACGGCCUCGAGGCAACCUCAGGUAACUUCGACGAAUUAAUUCUCUCCCUAGCGCCGGUGUAUAAUCGGUCGAUUCGACUUGUCUCGGGACACCUACCAUCCACCCCCGCGGAUAUCGCCUGCGCCGAGGCGGGAGUGUUACCCUUCCGUCACAAGGCCACGCUGGCCCUGUGCUCAAGAAGCAUCAGUUACCUGGAGAGGACCACAAACAACAGCGCACCAUGCUGCCUGGUCGACCGGGCGAACGCUGCACUACACCAUGCGUCGCAGCAACACUUGCCGAAAAUUGCAGGUCUCCAUCGUCUUGGAGCAGCUAGCUGGAACCGUGCAAAGCCUAAAAUCGAUUUGUCGCUGAAGGCAAACCUGAGGAAAGGCCCUAACAAAAAACAGGCGCAAACCCUCUUCAGGAACCUGCUGGAAACAAGAUACCCGACAUCAACCAUCCGGUACACCGACGGGUCCAAACUGGCGGGCAGAGUCGGACUAGGCGUCGACUGCAGCAGCGGUACCACUUCUUCCUACCGCAUUCCCGACAUGUGCUCGGUUUUCUCGGCGGAAGCAGCUGCUAUCUUCCAGGCGACCAUCCAACCUAGUGAGGACCCGGUGCUGAUAGUUACGGACUCGGCUAGUGUUCUCGCAGCGAUCACAUCAGACAGCAAUCGGCACCCGUUCAUCCAAGCCAUCCAAGCCAACUUAGACAACAACACCACACUGACUUGGGUCCCUGGACACGCGGGCAUCCAAGGAAACGAAAGCGCAGACAUCCUGGCAGGCAUUGGGCGGAGCAGCCCUUUCCUCUGCCGAGUCGUCCCUGCUGAAGACGCAAAACUCUGGGCAAAACACACAGUAUCAUCUUCUUGGGCAAGCGAAUGGAGAGACCAACGGAACAUCUGCCGCAUGGUAAAGAAUUCCACCCUCCCGGUGAAGACAUCCCAAAUCAUCGGGAACAGGUGGUACUUUCCCGGCUGCGAACAGGUCAUACCAACCUGA